AAUGGCGGUAUGAAAGGAAAACUGUUGCAGUGACAUUUUAUUUGUAGAGCAUUUCGCGAUAACCAGUGGAAGUAUGGAGAGCUUCAGACAUGUAUUCCAGCGCCUUUGUAAAGAAAGUCACAUUGAACCCCAGGAUUGUGUUUUAACCCAAUUAAAAAGUUUUGAAGGCGGGAAAGGAAAACAUGUGUUAGAUCUGUCAACAAACAGUUUAUCAGCUAAAACAUGCCACGCCCUUGGGAAAACAAUUGCCACAGACAAAAAUUUCAGAGAAAUCAAGUUUGCUGAUUGUAUGCUUAGUGAAGAUGGUGUAAAAGGAUUAGCUUAUGGAUUUUCCACAAACAACUACUGUAAAAAACUUGACAUGAAGGGAAACAACAUCCGUGGAACAGGUGUGGACUUCCUUGGAAAGAUGCUGCGUCACAACCACACCCUCCUUAGCUUGUGUCUGGAAUGGAAUGCCUUGGGGAUGCUGGACAACUCCUUUGCUCUGUUUUGUGAGGGAGUAGGUUCCAAUGAUAGUCUCCAGGCUCUAGACAUCAGGAACAACCAGAUCAAUCAUGACGGAGCCAUAGAGCUUGCUGCAGGGCUCAAGAGGAACAGCACGCUAAGAUCUCUGGACUUACGAUGGAACAAUGUUGGGCUGUUGGGAGGCCGUGCUUUACUAGAAAUGUUACAAACUAAUAAAACCCUGUGUAGAAUGGAGCUAGCUGGCAACAACAUCCCUGUAGAUAUCUUAAAGUCUAUUGAAACAGCCAUAAGUCAGAACGAGGACCGUGCUUUAGUAACAGGAGAAUACAGUAAAAAGAUCACAAUGAUGUCCAAGCAUAUGAAACAAAUGGAACAUGACAAGUCAUUACAGAUGAAUGACCUCAUGGAUACUAUAGACAAACAAGAAGAGCUGCUACGCCGAUCCAAAAGGUCUUCAGCUGAUAAAAUCACCAAUCUACACGAAGCCCUGGAAGAAAGGAAAGCUUCGUUUAACUCUGUAGCUUCUAAACUUGCCAUGACAGAGUCUGAACUUGCCCUUACAGAACAGAAAUGUAAUGAUUACUCUAUGCUAAUAAGCAAACUAAAACAGGAGUUAUCAGAUAAGGUGGGUGGCCACCAGGAGGAUCUACGCAGAUACCAGGAGGAUCGUUCAGUUACUGAGGCAAAACUCUACAAGGAGGUGUCUGUGGCACAUGACAAGAAUAUCCAGUUAGAGACAAAGUUGGAGGAUGCAGAAAGGAAAUGUCGGCUACAGCAAGAUCAAAUAUUUGAGUUGAAGGAACAAAUUACACACUUAACAGCAGAAUUGAAACUGAAAGGAACACAUUUUGAUGAGCGUCUACAACAAGAACGGAUACGACAUAAGGAUGAUUUAAGAGAUGCAGAGCAGAUCAGACAAAAAGAGGUGGCAAGAGUACGACAAGAGGCUGAGGAAACAGAGAGUGCCCUGCGUGAAAGGAUUCAGAAGCUGGAGAUGACAAGACUGGCCUUAGAGGAGGAGAUCAGUAAACACAAAAACGCAAAUAUGAACAACAAACUUCACCAUGAGGAACAGCUCAGUCUCGCUAAACAGAAACUCCUAAGUGAGGAGGAUCUUCGUCAACAACAUAUGGAGGAAAAGCUGAAGCUGGAGAUGCACCUUAAAGAUGAGCUCCAAUCACGGUGUAACCAGAUGUCAGGCCAAGCAUCGGAACUACAGUCCAAAAACAGCUCGCUCACCAUGGAGCUUGAACUGAUGAAAAGGCGGGUGGAAGAGCUUCAGCAGGAGUUAUCUGAAAAGAACACGACAACACUGUCUGAAGUGGGUAAGGUAAAGAUAGACUUGAAUCAAACACUCACUAAGCUUGAUGGGGAGAGGAAAAUCCAGGCCGAACUCAGGGAGCAACUGGGGGAAGCUGACAGAAAGAUGUCAGAACAACUUCUCAGACACAGACAACUUCUGGAAGAAAAGGACUUGGAGACUGAGGAUUUGAAAAGAAGGUUAAAAUCAAGGGAGGCAGAACUCAACGGUAUACGAGAGGAAGAAAGCCAACGAGCUCAAGUGUUACAAAAUGCUAUCAUGAAUUAUGUCAACAAAGUACCAGCUCACUGAUAGGGCACUGAUAUAAAACUAGUAAACAACGUCCAGGGGACUUUCUCGGACCGGUAUCAAUUUAGUAAACAGCAUCAUGUGACCCUCAAUGACAGGAUAUUCCAAAGACCAGCUGGGAGUCAUACUCAACAUAUCUUUGACCCGACACAUUGUACAACAAAGUGUCAUGAAAUAUAGAGUACUUCACUGUGAUAUCAAAACAUGUAAAGUGGAUUGCUGAUGUGUGGGUUGAACUUUGGUCACCAGUUGAUUGUCAUAAAAAUAUGCUGUGUGUCGCGAAAGAAUGAAGUGCUUUUAGCAAGUCCAUGUGUUGCCAGACCAUUACUUUUUAUUUUUUUAGGUCAAGUUAGUAAACAACAAACAUGACCUGGAUGCAGUGCAUCAAUAAGUUUAAAUAUGAAACAAUGAAGACUGCCACUCUUUUAUCAAAGAGCUGUGAAUGUUUUGUAAUGUAUAUCAUGGUGUUAUGCUACUUGUGACUGUCUAGACCAUUCAUGUGUAGCUCUGUGCUAUAAUUGAUUAUAAAUGGACAGGUGUAUCUGUUGUCCAUUCUUGUGUAGCUUUGUGUAAAACAGCUGUGAUAUGAUAAAUUAUUUCAAUUGUAGAAUAGUUUUUAGUGUUUCGUAAUACUUGGUCAUAGUAGUAAUACAAAAUGCAUCUUUCUUAAAAAAAUAAAAUGUUCAUUGAGUAUUUUUAUUCUUUUUUUUCCCUAGUGCUUCUCUACAGCACUACAGCUCCACUUCACACUCAAGCUGGAAAAACCUUGUCUUAGGAAUUCAAACUGCAUAAUGCAUCACACAACUUGUGUAAAUUAUGCAAUUAUUUUUUUAUCUUUUCACAAAGUAUAACACUAAGACAGGUAAAUUUGAGAUAAGUUCUUCUUAUUGUUUUAAAUGUCCUAUUGAAGCAGGUCAGCAGAACCCAUAAUGAGGAUCUGCAUGCUUUUUGUGACAUCUUUAACACUGGUUACACACGUACAAUUUUUGGAAAACUGUUCAAAUUAUCAAAGCUGGUAUCUAUUGCUUCAUUAAUAUGGAAUAAGAAAAUACAAAGCCUGAUUAAUUUUGAUAUAAAGAUUUAUUACCACAGUAUAAAAUAUUCCUUUAUAAUUAUUCAUUUAAUAUCAUGAAAUAAAGACAGAUCUCAAUGAAAAUGACAAGUGUUUAAAACAGCAUUUUCUAUAGA